GUGUUAUAAGUGUUUUGUGUUUCCUCCCUGCAGUGAGUUCCAUGGCUCAGCCUCGUGCAAUGAUCCUGACAUCAGCCGGGCAGCUGCCCAGCAGGAACAUCAUUCACAUCAUCGGCCAGAACGACCCUGAAAACAUUAAAGACAUGGUUUACUCAGUGCUGAAGGUCUGCGAGGAGAACAAGUUCAGCUCUGUGGCCUUCCCAGCCCUGGGAACAGGUCAGGGAGGGGCCAGCCCUUCAGCGGUGGCUGAUGCCAUGGUGGAUGCAGUGGUGGAGUUUGUGAGGAAGAAACAGCCGAGGUUUGUUCAGAGUGUGAAGAUCCUGAUCUUCCAGACGGCCAUGCUGAACCACUUCCACACGAGCAUGAAGAAGAGACAGGGAGAGACGGUGGAGGAGAAGACUGUCUUUGACAAAGUCAAAGCAAAAUUUCGUCAAGUCGCUUCAGUUCUGGGAUUCGGGUCAGAGUCCAGCCCUGUUGACUUAGUUCUGGAGAGGGAAGAGUUUGAGCCCACAGUGUUUCAGCUGUGUGCCGACGACAACAAGGCUCUGAGUCAGGCAAAGAAAAGGAUUAAUGACCUGAUUGUUGCCGAGCAGGCACAGAAAACCAUCUCUGACCCGUUCAUUAGUCAGCUGUCACAGGCUGACAUGGAGGAGCUGAAGGCUCUGCAGAGGAAACUAACGGUCAGCAUCCGUCUGGACAAAGGAGCAGAGGACCAGGACCCCGAGAUCCACCUGGAGGGUCUGACCAGAGACGUGUUCACUGCUGAGUCUGCAGUCAGGGACAUCAUCCGAAAGGUGGAGAGGGCGGAGAACUCAAAGAGACAGGCUUUGUUAGUGAGCAGUCUGGUAGAAUGGCAGUUUCCAGACCGCAGUGGCUCAAUGGUGGCCUUUGAUAUUUACACCAACCUCAAACUGGAGGAGGCUUUAGAGAAGAAACAAAAGGUGAAGAUCAAGAUCAACAAUGAACCGUACACCGCUGAUCCAGGACUUAGAAAAGCAGUUUCAGCAAACAGGCGUAAUUUGGAGCUUCUUCGGAAAGACCUUAAAGAUGACAGCGCUCUGCCUUCUUGUUGGGAGGACAUGAAAGGAGACCUUGUGAAGUUGUUUGCUCUGACUCCAGGAGCUCAGGAAUACAACAACGUGGAGCAGGAACUGACAAAGACCGGACUUUAUCUUAACAUUAUCAGUAUUGAACGUGUGCAAAACCCAGCACUGUGGCAGAACUACCAGAUCCUGAAGAAACAAAUGGAGACAAAGAAUAAGCACACAAACAACGAACGGCUUCUGUUUCACGGCACCACUGACACCUCCAUCCAUCUGAUCAACAGCAAAGGCUUCAACCGCAGCUACGCAGGAAAAAAUGGUGCGAUGUACGGCAACGGCUCUUACUUUGCUGUGGACCCAAGCUAUUCAGCAGGAAACUAUGCCAAGCCCGACACCAGUGGACAGAAGCGCAUGUACCAGGCCAGAGUUCUAGUUGGAGACUACGCCCAAGGACAACGAGGCAUGAUCACCCCUCCCCCCAAAUCUGGGAGUGCCUCAGACCUGUAUGACAGUGUCACAAAUAACACUGCUAAACCAACCAUGUUUGUGGUCUUCAAUGAUAUCCAGGCCUACCCAGAAUACCUCAUUACAUUUACAUGAACUGCCAUACUCCCACUGUGCAACACGUCUCAGAAAAAAAAAUGACCUGUAAUAUAUGUUGAGUUCAAAUUCAGUCAGCAAAAAAACAUUUCAAAUAAUAUAAAAAGACUGUACCUCUUUGCUAUUUGCUAUUCUAGUUUAUCCUCUUUCAGAUUUCACAUUGUAUUUUAAAUCUGUUCAAAGGGUUUAAAGAAACAUUAAAGUAGCACUCCAACAAAUU